AAUGCAGAGAAAAUAAAUACAGAAGAGGAUAAAACCCCUUUGACAAUAUACAAGGCAAUCAAUAAUAAAGUGGCUGAGAGACAGGACAAGCUAGAAGAACAAAUAGAACAUAUGGGAAGAAUAUUAAGUGAAUUAUUGGAGAAUGGCCAGUCUGCAAUUACCAAAAAAAGACAACAACCACAGAGGCAAUAG